AUACACAAAACUGGAGGAUGCCAGGAAGGGGGCAAAUACUUUGUCACAGCACUGUCUGUCAUCAGGUGGCCCAAGCCCCCCGAUGUCUGCCAUCCACAACUAUCCCCUAAAAUCUCUCAAUGUCUUCUCGCAGGCCCAGGAAUCUCGAGCUACGCCACCAACCCUCCGGCCGCCGGUCAGUCCCUCAAGGUCUGCCUGGACACUGCGGUGGCCGCUGUCCCUCAAGAGAAGCAGCGGGAGGCUCCCAUCUACCUGGGUGCCACUGCUGGCAUGCGACUGCUUAACAUUACCAGCCCCAGCCAGUCUGACCAGGUCCUGGCCGAGGUGGCCAAGUUCAUCCAGCUCUACCCAUUUGACUUCCGCGGCGCCCGCAUCAUCUCUGGAGACGAGGAGGGGGCCUACGGUUGGGUGACCAUCAACUACCUGCUGCAGUCCUUCAUCAAGUACACAUUUGAAGGCAAGUGGAAGCUGCCAACUAGUGCCAAGACCCUCGGGGCGAUGGAUCUCGGAGGAGCGUCCACCCAGCUGACCUUCACGCCGGCCGUGGCCAUCAAAGACAAGAACUACGAGUCCAACUUCACCCUCUACGGGAACAAAUACAACGUCUACACGCACAGCUACCUGUGUUACGGCAAGGAGCAGGCCAUGAAGAAGGUGCAGGCCAACCUGAUCCAGCCCUCAAGUCUCUCAAAUCCCAUUGACCACCCCUGCUACCCCACGGGCUACCAGCUGAAUACCACACUUGGCGCCAUCUUCAACUCUCCCUGUGUCUCGUACUCAGGCAACUCCAGCCUCAGCAUGCUGGUCAUCUUCACCGGGACAGGCAAUGUCAGCAAGUGCCAGGAUAUCAUCAGGGGCAUCUUCAACUUCCAGGCCUGCAGCUCGAAAACAGAUUGCACCUUUGAUGGGGUCUACCAGCCCCCCAUCAGCGGCAACUUCUUUGCGUUUUCUGCCUUUUUCUACACGUUUGACAUUUUAAAGUUGACCCCUAAAGCAUCGCUCAGCGUCACUUUGGACACCAUCAGCAAGUUCUGCCAGAAGACCUGGGCUCAGCUCAAGGCCGAGUACCCCACUGAGAAGGAGGACCGCCUGCGUGAUUACUGCGCCUCAGGCUACUACAUCACCACCCUCCUGGUGAACGGCUACAAGUUCAACGGCACAUCCUGGGACAACAUUCAGUUCCAGAAAAAGGCGGAUGACAUGGACAUCGGCUGGACGCUGGGCUACAUGCUCAACUUGACCAACCUCAUCCCUUCCACGUCCCCCGGCCUUGUCAGAGGUCAGGGUUCAGGCGAGUGGACAGCCUCCAUCUUCUUCACCGUCUUUUCCAUAUUCCUCUGCUUGCUGGCCUUUAGUGUCCAGUGUCUUUGGAAAGUUGACCACUGAGGCCCGGACAGACUGGAUGUGUGUGACGAGUGACCCCUGCAGUCUGUCUCUGCUAUCUGUGGGUCCAGACGCUGUUGGAGUGGACGACUGGUGAGCAGCAGAGCAGAUCUGAACCUACAGGGGGUUUCCAUGUUUGGGCAUAAUGAUGGGUCACCACACACAUGCACGUGCAUCUCCCCCUGACCUCUGACCCUUUACUGCUGAAAUUCCCUACACCCACACACAGUUCUCCUCUCACCAUUGACCCUUGAACUUAACUGUUGACUUUGGACCCCGACCCCUAACAUUGACCUUUGAUCCUGUUCUCCACGUGACCUCUCCAUCCCACCACUGACCUUUGACUGUACUAUCCAUAUGUGACCCCUGACCCCUUCUUCCAGAUUUCCUGGCUUUGAUGCCCCCAAUGCUUGAACCCCACCCUUUUGUUCAGGGCCUUUCCUUAAACCCCUCAGUUCCCAUCUUACCAUUGACCCUCCGUGGUGCCCACUAUAUUAGCAUCCCCUGUAUAUCCUGGUAUCACAAGGCAUUCCUGCUUGACCCCUGAACCCCCCCACUGCCCCCAUGCAUUGAGGACCCUGUGCUGAUGUCAUCUGUCCAACCCCCAUGCUGCCCUGUGAUUGGUCAAGCUGGGAGUUUGCUGGUUUGUUUAUUUGUUUGUUUUUUUUGUACCUUUUAUGGACGCCAUGUUGAAUGAAUAAAUGUGUGGCCGUCA